CGUGACUUGACGUUAAUACCCCGUUCUGUUCAAAGAGGUCGCAUCCCAUCACUGGACAACAACUCCCGCUAAACCUCGGCCCUGCGAAUCCCGAGCUCUCUCACUCAGCCUUCAUCUAUUCACCUGAUCUUUGCGCAAUCAUGGCAUUGACUCUCCAAACCGCCAUCAACCAGGGCAAUCCCCUCGCCGAGGCCGUCAUCAUGCCCUCCAAGCCCAACGCUCUCACCAAGCGAUACUCGGAGCUCCAGGCCGACGUGGCAGCCUUCCAGCGCAAGCUCGCCGACCUCGGCAUCACCAAGGCCGCGCCCGUGAGCAUCGCCCUCGUCAACUCGUACGAGUUCAUCGUCUCUUUCCUGGCCGCCUCGUGGCAGCGCGGCAUCGCUGCGCCUCUCAACCCCAACUACAAGCAGGACGAGUUUGAGUUUUACAUUGACGAUGUCAAGAGCGCCAUCGUCCUCGUUCCCCGAGGUGCUUGGGCUGCCAACGCUGCCAGUGUCAAGGCUGCCAAGAAGUUCAACGCUGCUGUCGCAGAGUGCUACUGGGAUACCUCCAAGGGCGAGGUUGCUCUGGACGUCAAGGACUAUGGCCUCUUGAAGGGCAAGACGGAAAAGGUCUUGACUGCUGAGCCUGAUGAUGUUGCUCUGAUUCUCCACACUAGCGGCACCACAUCUCGACCCAAGGUGGUCCCUCUCACUCACCGUAACCUGACCCGAACUAUGCACAACAUCAAGCAGACAUAUCAGCUCACCGAGAAGGACCGAACCAUGCUGGUCAUGCCUCUGUUCCACGUCCACGGCCUGCUGUGUGGUCUCCUGGCGCCCCUCUUCACCGGCGGCUCGAUGGUCGUGCCCACCAAGUUCUCAGCCUCCGAGUUCUGGGUCGACUUUAUCGCCCACAAGGCCAACUGGUACACUGCCGUUCCUACCAUCCACCAGAUCCUGCUCAAGAACCCUCCCCCGAGCCCCAAGCCAAGCAUUCGCUUCAUCCGUUCCUGCUCCAGCCCCCUGUCGCCCACCGUCUUCCAGCAGCUCGAGGAGACGUACAAUGCCCCCGUGCUUGAGGCCUAUGCCAUGACCGAGGCUUCGCACCAGAUGACUUCGAACCCUCUUCCUCCGGCCAAGAGAAAGGCUGGCACCGUCGGUAUCGGUCAGGGUGUCGAGGUCAGAAUCCUCAACGACCAGGGUGAGGAGGUGCCCCAAGGCUCCGAGGGCGAGAUCUGUAUCAUUGGCGAGAACGUGACCAAGGGUUACCUUAACAACCCCGAAGCAAACACCUCUUCUUACCACAAGAACGGCUUCUUCCGCACGGGUGACCAAGGCAAGAAGGACGAGGACGGAUAUAUCAUCAUCACCGGCCGCAUUAAGGAGCUCAUCAACAAGGGCGGCGAGAAGAUCAGCCCUAUCGAGCUGGACAACGUCCUGACCCGCCACCCCAAGAUCAGCGAGGCCGUCAGCUUUGCUAUCCCUGACGAGGUGUACGGCCAGGACAUUGGCGUGGCUGUGGUCCUCAAGAACGGCGAGAAGCUGACGGCCAGCGAGCUCAAGGGUUGGGUGGAGGAGCGAGUUGCCAAGUUCAAGGUGCCCAAGAAGGUUUACUUCACCGAGGUGAUGCCCAAGACGGCGACGGGCAAGAUCCAAAGGAGAAUCGUGGCCGAGACCAUGAUGAAGCAGGAGACUCCCAAGGCCAAGCUGUAAAGGCAGGAAUAUUUACAACGGCAUACACUACUACAGGAUAUCUAUACACAUACAUCUCAAGUCACUAAGAAAGAAGAAUCGGUAUACAUUUGGAUAGAAGGCUCAAGUCAAAGAGAGAUUGUUUCUCAUAUAUUCAUGAAGGCAUUUCGCUGAAAACCUGCUACUUUGAAACCAAUUAUCCAUAAACCAGGCUGUCUCAUGAGCAUAUCAUUACUUCUCCCCCUGUCAAAUCUCAACCCCGCCGUCUGCUUUUUUGCUUCUUUGCAGAUCUCGUAGAUUAACUCCGCAUUACUUGCAUCUCGUCUAAAAUUCAAAACCCUGUCGCUAUCAAGACUUUUUAGUCGUAGUGGCCGUCGUCGUCGGCAAGCUCAAUCACAUCAUCUUCGUCGUUGAUGUACAGGCGGCUGUCGUUCCUCUUGAGACCGCUAGGUCGCUCAGCGGCGCUGGGGCCGAGAUUCUUGCGGGGGGUCACGGUGUGACGCUCAACCCACGAAGAGGUACCGUCUGGUGCCUCCCAGCGGAUGGGCUCCUUGUUGAGGGAUGGCUUCACAGACUCCUUCUUCUCGGAAUCGGCAGCGGGCUUGACCUCGACGCCGGCCUCCUGGGCGCUGUGCAGACAGGCUGCGUUGGCGUCUUGGAGGUCGAGGAAGACGGAGACGAUGGAGACGGUGGACGAAGUGUCCCGGUGGAGGAGAACGAAGACGGAGGGAGCCAUGAUGUGGUUCUUCUGGGAGGGGGGCAGGUAGAUGGUGUCCAGCGUCGUCUCAGGUAGAAUGUAGGGCAUAGGUAUAUGGUUGUUUGUAGGUGUACAAGUGUUUAGUAUCCAAUGGAUAUGAAUGUUUGCUUGCUAUGGUG